CGUUGAAGGGAACGUUUUGGAGGAGGCUCAUUUCUUCCAUCCCUUCAUCCAUACAGUCGUGCACCUAUCAUCUAGAGCCUCCGACUGAGCCUCUCGAGGUCUCUGGUUCCUCUCUCGAAACUUUUUGUGCCAUAGGAAAGUCUUCCAGUGCCAUUCGAUCGAGCGGAUUCCAAGGGUUUGGGUGUGGGGUGGCGUAGCUCAACUGAACCCCACCGCCUGUUCUAAUAAGACGUCCCUUGUAUUUGCUCGUGGUAACUCUUUUUUUCGAGAGGAAGUGUUAUGAAAAUCAUUCGCACAAGGAGUGGGCAUCAGGAAUACUGCUGUACUAAGAGACUUCAUUAGUACAGGUCCAGGGAGUGGGAGUCGUUUCCACAGAUCCUGCAGAAUCAGUAUAAAGAGACGAUCGAACAUGAGCCCGGUCCCUCACUUGAACGAGAGGGUCGCUGCUGUACAGUUCAUUGAAGCUUGGUCAUCCCUUCCAUCUUCACUCGAAUACUGUGACUGCUGUGAGGUGGGGAACGAACCUAAUCUACAGGACGACAACUCCAACUCCAGCAACAAUACUUCUUCCAUCAUGUGUCAACAACGGCGAAAAAGUGAGAUCAACGGUGGCGUGGGUAAUUCUGGAGUGAACACCCAAAGGCGUUGCUCCACUUCCAAGGACGGGUCUUCAGUGCCACUAAAGAGGUCCUACAGCUCCUACCUCCGGCUUCCGAUCCCAUCUUCGAAAUACUACACAGAUGAAUCCAUGAAGAUUUGGAAACAGAUGAAGAGCUCAAACUCCUACUACUAUGCGUGGGGAGCCACCCGAGCUCGUCGAAUGCGGGAAAAAUCCUUCGCUCAAUGGCUUGGACCUCUUUGUCUUCCGAUGCUCCUUGUGAUUCAACCACUAUCCGAGGCCAAUCUGAGAAUUAGUUUAGCUCUCUUUGUUUUGGGAUUCCUGUGCUGGAAUCAGUACCAUCGGCGAUACCACAAAUUCUUCAGUCGGAAAGCUUGGCUCCGUGGACAGGAACGCCAUUGCGAGAAGUGUGAUUCCAGUCUCCUAGAACAAAUUGAGCAUCAGGUGAGGCCAGCGGUCAGCUGGCAUGUCAGAAGUCUUCGCCGGAUGCCAUGGAGGGUACUCUCCCGGAACGUGGGUCAUCUCAUCAAUGCCACUACAUUGUUCCCGUUGUGGGUGACGUGGGUGGUGAUUUGGUGCUACAUCCGAUUGUUUGGAUGUCGUCUGGAGGAAGCCGAGCGGGAUUCCAUUCGCCAGUACAUCAGCCUGGGAGAUUUCUUCUGCCGAAAGCUCAAGGACGGUGUCCGACCCAUUGCCUUGGAUAGUGCAGUGGUAUCUCCCGCCGAUGGAACCGUGACCUUCAGUGGCCAGUUCAAAUCGGGAUACUUGGAACAAGUCAAAGGCGUACAUUACUCCUUGAGCUAUUUCCUCGGACUAGAAAGCGUCGAGGGCAAUCACGGGUCUCUUCAUGCUGCUUCCACUCAGGAGUGUCUCUCCAGGCUCAUGGAGCACAAAGAUGGCAGUACAGCUCUAUUUCAGUGGGUCAUUUACCUCUCUCCGGGAGAUUACCAUCGUUUCCACUCCCCGGCCGAUUGGAGCAUAUCCAAGCGAAGACAUUUCCCCGGUGAACUUCUCAGUGUCAAGCCCAAUAUGGUGUCGGCCUUUCCUGGCCUUUUUCACGUCAACGAGCGAGUUGCUUGGAUGGGACAAUGGGAACACGGUUUCUUCUCCAUGACAGCUGUGGGAGCGACGAAUGUGGGCUCGAUUCAUGCCGAUUUUGACCCAGAAUUGAGGACCAACCAAGCAGUCACCCUGAAACGCGAAUGCACGAUGGCAACCGCGUGCUCUCGCCGGACCUUCCAUUUCAACGAAAGAAUUUAUCCGGAUCCCGUUCAAAUGCAAAGGGGUGACGAAUUUGGACAUUUUAAGUUUGGAUCCACCUUGGUGUUACUUUUCGAAGCUCCCAAGAGCUUCGCGUGGGACAAGGACAUCCAGAAUUCCAAGGAUUUGAGUUUCUUUAAAGUCCAAAUGGGACAGCCUUUGGCGACCAUGUAACACUGGACUUUGAAGUUUUGUCUCUCUCUUUUCAUCCUCAUUUAAAUAUCACCCCUUUUCAUUUUCAUGUGCAAUAAUCCAUACUUAUUAUCAUCAUAUUAGUAUCAUUUGGAACCCAACAAUUGGCAGCCUUAUUCGGACUUCCACAGAAUAAACUAUAUUUGUCGGUAAAAA